GGUUAAUACUAUUGCUACCUGCACUGAUUAAGUCAACAUUGAUUGAUUAAUUCCUCCUCGAUCCAAACAGUGAACUCGAACCGAUUUUAAUUUUGCGUAUACGAUACAAAACCAACAAAAAUGCUGCCAAGGUUUCAACUGUUCACGUCCUCCAAGCUUUUUGGACUUUCCAGCAGUCUCCUAGCAUCGUCUGUACGGAGCUUCUCUUCCACUCCGACCACUGCCAGCGAGCUCCUGAGGUCGUCCCUGAAGGACCCUAGCCUGACCGAGUGGCCGGAAGAUCCUUCUUCUCCUACAGAUGAACCCAGAUUCCCCGUGUUCGACCCUUCCUCCCCAACCACGCUCCUCGCCGAGAUUUCCACCCGAGACCCUAAGGCUGCCAUCGAAAAAUGUUCCGAUGCCCUGCCGGCAUGGAGAGACGAAACCACGGCGCCACACCGGGCGUCUCUCCUCACCAAAUGGAGCAGCCUCAUGACGGAAAACGCCGACGAUCUCGCCACCAUCAUGACGCUCGAGUCGGGAAAACCCCUGGCGGAAUCCCACGGCGAGAUCAACUACGCCAAGGGCUUUCUCGACUACUACGCAGCCGAGGCCAUUCGACCCACGGGGGCCGGGGGCGGAUUCUUGGUGCCCUCCCCGUUUCCGGGGCCGAGCGGUGGCCCAAAGGGCCAGGUAAUGGCGGUGAACCAAGCCGUCGGAGUUGCCGCCAUGGUGGCGCCCUGGAAUUUCCCCCUGGCGAUGAUCACUCGUAAGGUCGGUCCGGCACUUGCGGCCGGGUGCACGACGGUCGCAAAGCCCUCCGAGCUGACCCCCCUGUCGGCGAUUGCCCUCAAGCACCUGGCCGAUCGAGCAGGUAUUCCGGAGGGUGUAUUUGAGAUUGUGUGAGUUGGUCUUUUGCUUGCUUUUUUGCGUUGCGUUGUUUUCUGCUUGCGACUCUCGCUGGCUUGCCACGAGCUUCUGAACUAAUGCAAACGUWUUCUUUGCUGCCGUUGCUGCACGUCCUCCUUGUAAUCAUUAUGUUAUCGUCAUUGCUAUGCUUUCUUGUCGCAAUAUACAGUACAGCAAGUACGGAAGGCACCCCGGCAGUAGGCACCGAGUUCUGUACCAACCCAAUCGUUAAGAAGAUCAGUUUUACUGGGUCCACUCGGGUAGGAAAAAUUCUCAUGGCGCAGUCUAGCGAUACAGUCAAGCGUGUCUCUAUGGAACUCGGUGGAAAUGCCUGCUUUGUGGUCUUUGCCGACGCCAAUGUCGACGAUGCGGUGAACGGUGCCAUGACCGCCAAGUUUCGGAACGCGGGCCAAACAUGUGUGAGCGCCGAUCGCUUUCUGAUCCACUCGUCGAUCCACGACGAGUUUGUGUCCAAGUUUUCUGAACGAGUGAAAACCUUGAAGGUCGGUCCGGGGAUGCACCCCGGCACCGAAAUGGGGCCACUCAUCAACGCAUCAGGAGUUCAGACCAUCACGGAGAAGGUCAAAGCGGCAGUGAAAGAGGGGGCAACAAUCUACGAGGAGGUAGCGUUGCCGGAAAAAGGAUCGGGCCCCCAGUUCUAUCCCCCGACCGUCUUGACAAAUGUUUCUGCCGACAGCGAAAUUUGGAAGACCGAAACCUUCGGUCCCGUUGCCGCCAUUCGCAGUUUCGAGACGGAAGAAGAGGCCCUUGCGAUUGCAAACGACUGCAACGUGGGGCUGGCCUCGUACAUGUACACGAACGACCUCUCGCGAGCCUUUAAUUUUGCUUCCAAGAUGGAGGUGGGCAUGGUCGGCGUCAACGAAGGAAUGAUCAGCUCGACCGCGACGCCAUUCGGAGGUGUGAAAGAAAGCGGCAUCGGAACCGAGGGCAGCCCCCUCGGAAUUAAGGAGUACCUCGAGACGAAAUACAUAUUUAUGAAGACAGCAAACUAACAGACAUAGCAGGAAGAAAGACGCGCCCGAUCAGACGUUCGCUGAUGCUAAAGAACGAGACCCCGGUACCAAUUGAUAAUAUUAACAAAAAAGAUCCAAGCUUUGAAGGAAAGCAAAGUAGCGAGGAAUGUGUGAAAACUGCUACAACGAUUCAUAAUAGCAUUCUCGUGUAUGCAAAAGGACUACCCCGAACCAGCCCAGCCCUGGUCUUCUUGAUUUUUUCAUACACGGAAUACGAUAUCGCCAAACAUCAUUCGAAGCUACGACAAUGAAUUAUUGCAUCCAUCUAUCGAAUAAGUCGAAAAAAGUACACAUUGCAGUAGCAAACAAAUAUGAAAUCACCCCUUCUUUUCUACCAGAGACCAGGAAUGACGUUAAUAAUGCUGUUUUUAUCUG